GGAACUGCAGUGCCGGCUGCUCGUGUGCCGUGCGUGUGCUCCCUCCUCACGCGCAGCUAAGAAUAGGUGUGUUCUGCGCGUGUUCCCCAUCGUCCUUUGCUUCCAGCUCGCGGAAACUUUUCAGGGGAGCGAAGAAAAUAAGCCAUCGUUGGAAUGAAAUGGUACAACGAAUUGAAGAGAAAUAUAAACAAAUAAACGCAGUUAUAGAAAGGCAACAAAUUAGUUUCUCAAGCUGACUGUCAGAAAAGUCUUUUGGUCUGGUUACCAUGAAAAGGUAAACCGUUGUCUUCGCUUUAGGUAAGGAUGAUAAGUGCAGCUGCAUUUUUAAAGUACGCCAAACUGCCUUUCGUAACGACUUUGUUGAAUUUUGUUCGCGGUGUUACGUGUCACGGUGCAGUGAAGUCAGCUACCUGCUUAAAGUAGAUAUUAUUUCACCUGAGGGAUACAGACAUCCACCUGGCUGGAGGAGCCUUGCAGGGACACAUCAUUACUGAUUCCACGCAGUCUCUGCACAUGCGCAGUGCACUGUUCCCGUCGGCUGGCAGCCGGUGUUUCAGACUGGCACGAUGUUUCUCUGUUCUGACUGACCCCGAGACCAAGUGUGGUCACUUUCGUGUCCUUUCCUGGACUACUUUACCUACCUUUUCGACUUUCGAAACGAAGGAUACAACGUGAGGUAACGGAAGUGCUGGAAACGGCGUUUGGACAUUCAUUUCAGCGCUUGCGUUUCACGACUCAUCUAUACUUAUCUCAUAUCCUUCCAUCUUGUCAGUGCCGAGCCAGAUCGGGGCCAAGCCCAUGGAAACUUUUGAAAAGUUAUUUUUGAGCAGCGCAACUGAGAUUUAAGCUUUGUAGUUGACAUGAAUGUUUACUUAUUUGUAGCGUGUACACAAAGCAAGAUAUCCGACAAUUCAUCAGUGGUGAAAACAGACAAGUCAAGACUACCAACGGUGGUUGUAGUGCAAGUCUUGUCCCAGCAAAGAACGAGUGUCUGAAACUAUCUUGCUAACUUGCUUUUGAUUUCUUCCAUUUCAUUUGUGGCUUCGUCUAAUAGCUUCUUUAUCUACAGCUGCUGCAGUGUGUUAAACGUUUGAUGCCGUGUGUGGUAGAUACAGCGCAAGACUAAUCUGAGUAAAACCCUAAAAAAAUGGAAGAACCUACCGUGUGUCCUGUGUGUGUAGUAUUUGAACCCCAAGCUUGGAGAAAAUCAUUGUGUCGCAACUGCUUCAAAACCUUUGAACAGCAUGAAGGGUCACUUCCGACGGAGGAGUCGACGCAGAAAGACGAGAGUCCACCCACGAAAGCAGAAGACAGUAAAGAUUCAAGCCAAACCUCGCCCGAUGUCACGGCAGCCACAGUGCCCUCCAUCCCGGCAGCACCAUCCCCAUCAUCGGCAUCCAAACCCAACACGCCAUCUACGUUGUCCCCCGAGUCUGACAAAGCCAGCGUCCCUAAAACCACCCCAUUAAGCUCUCCUCCUGUUACAACUGUCCACCCGACAACCACUACCACUACCACAUCUACAGCUACAGCCACAAAAGUUUCGUCACUAACAUCCCCCACGUCUAGCAAAGCCUCGGCUCCUUCGCUGGCCAAGACAAAAGAAGGAGGUGCGAGUAAGUUAGACGAGAGCAAGAAAGGGACGGCGGGAGUGAGAGCGAAUGGUGGCUCGGCAAGUGCAGGUAAACCUGGCAUUGAUCAUAAGGUGACUUCAAUUUCUUCUGUCGCCGGUAAGAUCGAGCAGCCAAAGCGCAGUGCCGGCACCUCCACUCCUACUGCUGCCACCAGCAGUAGCAAACAGUCGCCAGCAUCGGACAGCAAGUUGAAGGGUGUUGGUGACAAGAAGGGACUUUCCAGCAAAUCCCCCAGUACUAAGGAAAGUGUAUCUUCCCCAACUUCCCCCUCGUCGGCAACACCUCUGUCACCGCCAAGUUCCUCCUCGUCAUCGUUGCACGAUAACAGUGUUCGGAGCAAGUGGGAGAAACGAGUAGCGAGUGCCGGGGGUGGCGGGGGAGGAGGCGCAGAGCUGGGGGCCAGGUUUGACGUCAAGAAAGGUCAGAAGGCAACAGAUGCGAAGGUGAAGAGCGCAGAAAGUGGUGACGUGGCCAGCAAGAGUCGAUCCAGUGACAUUGGGAAGAAGGUCGGCAAGGAGACGAGUCAGCCUGAAGACAGUACCGUAUCUGCUGCAGCUACAACAGCGGCAGGCUCCAGUGUAACGACAGGAAAGAUAACAGCGACUGAAAAGAUCGAGCAGAAGCAGUCAACACCAUCUUCAAAAGCCACAGCAUCAACAGCAUCAACUAAUGUCUCAUUGACCAGUAAAUCGAAAUCUUCAGAACAUGUUCCUGCCACUGCUUCUGUCACUGCCACUGUCUGCAGUACAACAGUCAGCGCCACUGCUCCGGUCAGUAGUGAUACCAGUUGUCUGAAAUCAUCCUUUUCUGCAAACAAGGCGUCUGCCACUGUUUCUCCAUCAAGCGCUGCUGUUGCCAAGCAAGAUGUGGCAACAAAAUCACAGAUCACCACCAAAAGCGCCUCGACAACCAAAGUCGACGGCAAAGAGCUACAACAGCAAAACAAGAAACAAGAAUGUCCGGUGAAGGCGUCUGAAGAGAAAAAAGAAAAAACGGUUGUCAAAGAGCAGGCCGAGCAAAAAGAAGACGCCAGUCACCGAGAACUUCGAACCAAAGUGGAACAACUCGAGAAGGAACUGAGGCAAAAGGAAGAAACUCUGUUGAAAAAACUUGCCGACAAAGAAGAACGCCUUCUUAAAGAGCUUGCAUCUAAAGAAAAGGAGGUGGACACUCUGAAAAUCCGUGUUGUUGCUAUGGAAGCAGAAUGUGGACAUUUGAAAAAUCAGGUGGACGAAGCAAGAAAAUCUUCGGUGAAGGGACAGAGGGAAGAGCUGGAAAAAACACUGGGAGAACUUCGUCAGCAGGUCUCAGCUAUGGAGAAACAGUGUUCUCAGCUUGAGAGCGACAACCAGACCCUCCUUCACAAGCUGCGUGACCAGGCGCAGCAGGCUGCCGACGACGACGGUAGCAGCACGCGUAAGAUGUCGGGGCUGCAGGGGGAACUGCUGACGUCCGAGAUGGAGGUGGAAAACUUGCGGGAGGAGAACGCGGAGCUGAGACACGAGUUAUUAGACCUGAAGCGCGAGAUGGAGGAAAUGUACGACUCAUUCCGUGAGAACGAGCUGGACGAGUUCCGCGAGCUGCAGCGCGAGUUGGACUUGACAGCCAAGAACUGCCGAGUGCUGCAGUUCAAGCUGCGCAAGGCUGAGCGACGCAACGACCAGGUGGAGCACGACAGGCAGCACUACGAGGAGAAGCUGCGAUCUCUGCAGCAGCAGUUCGAGAGCGGAGAUGCCCGCAGCCACAUCGAGGCUCUUGAGGAGGAGCUGCGCACGGCCAAGGAGGUGUCUGUGCGCCUGCACGACGAGCUCGAUCUGAUAGAAGAGCGGCGCAACAAGGCUCUGGAGGAAAACAGACAUCUGACGGAACUUCUGGAGCAGACCGAUAAGAAGCAAUUUCGCAUGGAGAUGGAGAUUGACAAGCUGCGAGAUCAGAUAGCUGACCUGAGGCAGCAGUUACGCGACCGCUCACCUUCCCGUAAAGAAGGCACACCUGACAGAAAGCCCGAUGUCCUGGGGCGCCAGGGCAGUCAGGACUACGACAGCGCGCAGCUGAUGCGGGACCUGUGCGACAGCGUGGAACGGGAGACCGACCUGAAGGAACAACUGAAGUUUAUCGAAGAGGAAUCUCGAAUGCUACGCAAGAAGCUCUCGGAAAUGGAGGAUGAGAACGAAGCUUUGCGCGUGCAGUUGAAGAAACUAUCUCUGAAAGCCAGCCGAUGGAAGGAGGAGAGCGAGGGUAAAGGUCACAGCCUUGCUCACAACCACGUAGGAGAUUCGGACCAAGAUUCUUCAAGAGAACGGUUGGACUCCAGUGAUGACGAAUCUAGCGUCGUCACCUUAAAACUGCAAGUCGCCAUGAUGGAGCAAGAACUGAUGACUUCCCACCGAGCCCAAGCCGAAGCUGAAAAGGACAGCGAAAAUCUCCGAACUCAGAUUACGUCACUGGAGCAGCGCGUGAGAGACUACGAGUACGAAGCAGCGAUGCGCAAAGAGCCCGCAGCCCCGCCCACCCCAGACACGUACUACGAGGACAGGGUCCGUGAGCUAACGCAGGUAGCUGACGAACUCCGUUGGCGGAUAAUCGAGAAGGAUCGCGAGCUCGAGCGACUGUCGGCGACCUCUGCCAUUCACGCGCGCCAUUCUGGACACCACGGUCACCAUGGACACCACGCGAGGGAUGCGGGCCGCGAGAUUCCACGCGAAGGGCGCUUGAAGAAGAGCAAGUCGCUGGACAGUGACCACGCCGUGGAAACUCUGCUCCGCCAGCUGGACUCUGCUGCCUGUGACGCUACCACCCUCAGACAUCAGGUUACACAAGCACGCGACGAGCGCGAUAGGGCGGAUGAAACAAGAAAGAAACUGCAAGAGAGAGUGCGGGAACUAGAGGAGCAGAUAGAGCGAUUGGCUAGUCGUCCGUUGCUGGUCACUGUCCCCUCCGUCCAUGCGGAUGACGCGGCGGUGGAGAACAUAGAACUCAAAGACAAACUGCGGCGAGCCGAAGACGAGGUGCGCUCGCUGCGCGAUCAAGUGCGCACGCUGACAGACAAUCUUCGCACACUUUCGCGUUCCACCUCCCCCAGACUGGGUAGCAACGGGGCUGCCUCCCCGCAGGUAUCCCCACAUCCUCCCGUGUUCCCUCCAUCAGGUGUGAGUGACAGCCAAGUGACUGCCACAGACUCGCUCUCCAGUGCUGCCGCCCCCAUCGCAGUUGCCGCGCCUGCUGUUGCCACAGCAACCCCCGCGUCUACUUUUUUCGCCGCCUCCGCCAGCACUGUGGAUAGCGCUGGCAUUCUUCACGUGCCAGAUGAUGCGCAUGCUUUGCACGAACUACUUCGAGAGGCAGACGAGGAGCGGCGCGUGCUCGCCUCCGCGAUGGCGGAACUGGAACAGGAGAAUGCCAGGCUCCGCGCCUCCCUGGGAUCCGAACCCCUGGGAAUAAGGGGCGUGGCUGUCGCGGAAACGGAGGAUGAAAGCCAAAAGAAACGAACAGACAAAGAAACAAGAGAGACAGUAGAUGUCAGCCGAAGUCACGAGGCGCUGGUGGACAGGGAACUGGACAUGAAAGAGCAACACGACGAUCUCCUCCUCCUCGUCAGGCGACAGGAGGAGACAGAAGCAGCCUUGACACGUGAACUGACGUCACUGCGCACUGAACUCCAGAACGCGAAGGACCACGCGCGGAGAACGGAACUGGAGCUGCUGCAAGACUUGGACAUGCUGCACGACAAGAACUCAGUCCUGUCCAACCUGCUGGACAUCGUGCAAGAGAGAGCCACCGCUGCGGAGGAGGAGCUGGAGAAACUGAUGCAGGAAAAUUCAGCCCCCAGCACAAGAAGUGCCAGCGCAGUGUCAGCCGUCUCUGCUCUUAGUGACGCGAGCUGCGGAAGUGACGAGGUGUUUCUGUCUCCCCCUAGCGGAACAGUCGGAGAAAAGGGUCAGAUAAUCCACAGAGACUGGGAGGCUAAGCUAAAGAAUCGCAUCGAGUCUCUGGAGCGCCUUCUGGCUGAAGAGCGGCAGAAGGUUAGCAUGGCGGAGAAGAAGGUGCGCAUGGCCUACAUUGAGACAAUAGCGCCCUCUGUGUCCGAUGACAUCAAGCUGAGGGUUCGCGAGAAAGAGCUUCUACAGGAAGAGCUCCUGGAGAAUCAGCGGCACCUGCACAUUGCGGCGGACCAGAUCAAAGGACUUCGAGAACGCCUUCACGCCAUGGAGGAGGAACACCACCGGCUGAAGGUGGAUUAUGGCCGGCUGGCCAGUGAACUGGACAAAAGAGAUGACUUGGACUCAGACCAGACGGCGGAGGACUCGGAUAAGACUCCUGAGAACAGUGUGGAGCCAGAGGACGCCCUUGUCGCUCUUCGUGCCGCUAGUCUGCUGGAGCAAGAGUCGCCCUCCCUGCUGGCGGCCAGUAAUAAAGAGAACAAGCAAAUGGCGGGGUUGGCUGGAGGGAAGAAGCAGUGCGUUCGGGAAGAUAGGGGGUCUCAAGACAGACGAAGUGAGGUUUUGGAACGGGAGCUGGCUUUCUACAAACUCAAGGCGGAGCAAAUGGAGUACAAGGUUCAAGAGAUCAGCGACAUCUGGCGGUCGAAGAGCGCCGCCACAGAACGCGAGAAGAAGGUGCUGGAGGCAGACCUGUGUGAUAAGACUCGCCAAGUGGCGGAGAUGAGCCAGACGAUUAGCCAGCUUCAACAGCAGAUAAAGCUGUUGGAAGCGGAAGUUGAGAAAGCAAGAUCCUGCGCAGAGCUGUAUGCGCAAGUGCAAAGGCACCACGAAGAAAUGAAGAAGGAAGUUGAGGAGGUGAAGGCUCAAACCGCGGAACACCACACAGAAAUGCGCCAACUCCGCGAGUCCGUUAGCACGAGAGACGAGAGGCUGAAAGAGAAGGACGACAUUAUUCGCUACUUAAACACCUGUCUUGAGGAGCGACAGAAGGAAAUCCAGCAACAGGACGCGCGCUUGGCAGAGACGUCGUCACGGCUGGCUGAACAAGCCUCGAGUCUGGCAGAGCUCCAGCAGGACAUCACCCUCGUGCCGUCAGUCAAAGAGGGUGGCGGAGAAACAGACUUAGAAAAGGAAAACACUCAACUGCGGGAGACAACUCGUGCACUGCGCGCAGAGUUGGAGCAGGGGGAGGCGGCCCGACAAGAAGUGGACAUGGCGCGGAGGUCCAUGGCACAAAUGAGCCUCAACUGGGAGAAGGAAAAGGCGGCACUCCAUGUAUCACUCAACAUUGCCGACGAGAAACUUCGUCUUUACGAAAAUCUUACAACUACUAGUGUCAACGAAACCAUGGAGUGUCUCAAGGCGAUAGCAUGAAGUACUUUGAGGAGAAGGAGAACCUCAAGUCGCAGCUGGCCUUUCUACACACGGAGCUGACCACAUCUCAGCGGCUAGCCAGGGAGACAAUAUCGCGCCUGCAGGGCGAGCUGAGUUCCAAGCUGAGA